AUGAUGGCGCCAUCGCCGGACGUGAAGGUGCCCGGCGAUUGCCUGGGCGUCGCGGCGGAGCUCAUUGUGGGGCCGGGCAUGGACGUGCGCGGGCUGUUCGUGUACGCCAGUACCACGGGCACCGUGACCGUUGCCCCCGGCGACCCCGUGGGGCUGCUGGUCACAGGUGGGGCUGCUGGUCACAGGUGGGGCUGCAAGUCACAGGUGGGGCUGCUGGUCACAGGUAGGGCUGCUGGUCACAGGUGGGGCUGCUGGUCACAAGUGGGGCUGCUGGUCACAGGUGGAACUGCUCGUCACAGGUGGGGCUGCUGGUCACAGGCGGGGCUGCUGGUCCUGGUGCCUGGUGCUGGCGUGACGUCGCUGGUGCCGGUGCUGGUGCUGGUGCUGGUGACUGGCUUCAGUGCUGGUGCUGGUGCUGGCGGGUCAGUGCGCCCAUAA